CUUGUUUCCCUUCUCUUCCCCUCCUCGGAAGUAGACGUAGCUGUCUAUAUUCCGUUCUUUUAUUUUUAUACAUUUUUUACCCCUUUUCCCCUACACACACCAUGGCCGCAAAGAUGGACGACUAAACCGAAGAAAGGGUCCCCCGAUUUCACCCCAAAUUAUCCGUGAACUGAACGGACCGGAUGAAAUCACUCUGUGGUUUUCUCCGCUUCGCAGGGGAGGUAGCUGUAUCCAGUGGGGAGGUAGGCUCAUCCAGGGGAGGACAGAAUGAAGUUCAUCGACCCCUGGGGACGCCAGAGGCUGUCUUUUCUUCUAGAAAAGGCAGCCUCUAGGGAAGCCAAGAUGUGGAGGGUCUACGUGCCAAAGAAACCCUCCUCACAGGAUACAGAUAUCUCCCCAGCUCAGCGGGACGAGGCCGUGCGCUGGUUGACGGAGCUCCAUGACAGACUGCAGCUGUACCCGGAGACGCUGGUGUUAGCUGUUAGCAUCCUGGACCGCUUCCUCGCUCCCAUCAAGGCUCGUCCAAAGUACCUCCGCUGCAUCGCUAUCGCCUGCUUCUUCCUGGCUGCAAAGACCUGUGAGGAGGAUGAGUGUGUGCCCUCUCUGAAGGAGCUGGUCGUCUCCAGCAGCUGUGGUUGCUCUCCUUCAGAGAUCCUGAGGAUGGAGCGGAUCAUUCUGGACAAACUCAACUGGGAUCUGCACACCGCAACAGCACUGGACUUCCUGCACAUCUUCCAUGCAAUGGUGUUGUCAUGUCGUUCUGGGUUUUUGGACUCCAUGUUGCGACUGAACCGCUCUCAGCACCUCUCCAUGCUCACACGACGACUCUACCACUGUCUGUCCGACCACACGCUCAUACAGCUGAGGGGAUCCAUGCUGGCCUUGGCCCUCAUCACUCUGGAGCUGGAGACCUGCUGUCCUGACUGGCUGGCUCUCACCAUCGACCUGCUCAGGAAGGCACAGAUCGACAGCUCUGAGUUGAUCCGAAGUCGAGAGCUGGUGGCUCGUAGUCUGUCCACACUGAGAGCUUCCCUUCCUCCAAACACUGUCUACAUCUACCAACCCCUGCAGAGCCAGAGCACCCUGCAGCCUCCGGACCACGACCCCACACUCCCCUGCUGCACACUCGGGAUCAUGAAUUCUUCCACCGAGUCUUCCAGGGACCACACCCUCGUCACCGCCGCUCCUCCAGAGCACCUAACAUCGGCCUCCACCACCGACAUCCCAGCGCUACUCUCUCCACCCAGAAACCUCCGCCAUCUUAACCACCUGCAGAAGGUCACACUGCGCUGCAAGUCCUCAUCUAAACGCAAGGUGGAGGAGAUGGAGGUGGAUGACUUCUACGACGGCAUCAAACGACUCUACAAUGAAGACAUCACCACCGCAGCCAUCCAGGAGGGGACGACGCCUGCAACGGGAGCCAUAGCAACAGGAGGAGGUGGAGAAGGAGAAGGAGGAGGUCUGGGUGUCUGCAGUGUCCUGUUAUCCCGACAGGAAGGCAGCUGUUCCCCCUGCCCGCCUCUGCAGCCAGUCAGCGCCUCUUAGAGACCAAACAGAAACCAAAACCACCUUCAAACCAAAACCAUCUUCCUGUUUCACUUCAAAUCCUCAAAUCAGGCAACAGUGAUGGGCAACUACCCCAGCAACUACGAAAGAGAAAGCUUGGGUUCAAUGUUCUCGUUUGCAUUAAAAGCAAUAUAAAGGCAGCUCUUCUGGAAAGGUUGCCCAUCACUGUUGCUAGUAGAGUUGUUGCACAGUAAAGAAAUAAAACAUGAAAGACAGCUGCAGUAAAGAUGGCUGAAGAGGUGAAGAUGGUUUUGGUUUCAUUACAAACGACUCCAAGCUGUUCAGCUGUCCUGAGGUUAGCCGCCAUCGCCUCCUGCAGCCAGAAAACAGAGCCCCAAAAAAAUGUCAAUAUCUAAAAACUAAAAAACGUGCUGCUGCUACUAUCUUAUUAAUUAUAUCUGUUGAACACAAAGAUAAUAAGUAACAAAAAAGUACAAAAAAUAACUUCAAAAAAAGGUAGAAUUGACUUCUUCACCCCGUGUGUCUCACUCUCUGUCGUUUGUCAACUUAUAUUUGUUUUUCACAUCUUCUUCUCUUCCAUUUUAAUAUUAAUGUUUGUCUUUCCUCCCUCACUCUGCAUGUUUUCAUCUCUAUUUAUAACCUCAGAUGUAUGAAUGUUGCUCAAUAGAUGAUAAUCUGUAAUAUUUGCCCAGAUAGAGAAGUUUGUUUUCAAAGUGAAGUGUAAUUUGAUUCUUAAUGAGAUGCUAAUAUAAAAAUCCCUCCUAUGAGUCCUUCUGUUCUUCCCCGUCUCCCACUCAGCGUGUUGUGACGGCUGGUUUAAAUUCUCGGGUUGUUUUAUUCACCUGUUAAGUCUUUUUCAUGCUGCUUUAAUCAGGCAGCCUCUGUUGGCACCUUGGCUUCAAAAUGAUGAUUUUCCUGUUCAUACUGGAGCCAAACUCAACUAAACGACUAGUUACUAAACCAGCUUCUAAUGUAGGAUUAACAUUUGUCUGUUACUGUUUGCCUCAGCACCUGAUGUGAUUAAACAACCUCGAGUUUAUUUAAGCAAAGAGAGAGAAAUGUGACAAUAUUCACUUCGGUGUUCAGAUGAAUCAGAAACAACACGCUCUGUUUUUAUCUCUUACAGUUCUGUUUAAUAUAUUUUGUAUUCCUGCAAAAAGCUCUGGCCAUCCUGCUGUAGGAGCUGCUGGUGGCUGCCCGGGGUCUCUGAACGCACCACGGCAUCGAUAAAUAAAGAGAAUGAAAACUGA